GAACAAGAUGAAUGAAAACGAUUUGGUGGUAGAUUGGAAAGAUAUUCAACAUUAUUGGAGAAACAAUUUCUCUUCAAGAACAGACAUUAGUUUACAACGGUACUUGGAACCUGGACAGUUAUUUUCUUCUGGUAAUACAAUGGGUUAUGCUGGCAUCCCUUUAUAUCAUGGUAUUCACAAAAUGACCAAAGAACAUCGUAUUCAUAUUCUUGUGUCUCAUGCUCAUCAAUUGGUGGAUUUGAUGGUGCGUGAUCUGGCUAUGGAUCAAGUACCAGAUAUUCCUCUUACGAUGACCGAAUCCAAGUACGAUUAUGAAAGCACAGAACGAAUCAUGACGGAUCGUACCAUGUAUCAAAAACUAGCAAAGCAGGUGACGCAGGCGAACAAACGACAACGGAAAUGGAUGGAGGCCAAGAUGGGAUGGCAGCAAGCAAAACGACUAUUACGAGAAAAGCAAUAUGUGUUUGUGUCAUUGGACAUUGAAGCUUACGAAGCCGAUCAUUCUAUUCUGUUGGAAAUUGGCUGGACCCUUUACGACAGUCGCCAUAACAAGUACUUGGAUCAACAUUAUAUGAUGCUGCCCUACCGCCACUUGACCAAUGGGAAAUACGUCGACGAUCAACGCCUCAGUUUCGCUUUUGGCACGUCUAUCUGGUGUACCUUGCAGCAAGCCCUGGAUGAACUGUAUAAAGAUCUGGCAUGGGCCACCGAGCGUGAUGGUGGUUUUGUCUUGGUCGGUCAUGGUCUCAAUAGUGAUUUAUUGUAUCUCAAACAAUGCAAGUUUGCUUGGCCUGUCUUAGAAAACAAUACUUUGGCUUCUACUUUGGAUGUCGAUCAGAGUGCUUUGGUCACCAUUGUCAAUACCGAUACUCUCUAUGGUGCUUAUGUUGGUGAUAUGCAUAAUCCUCCUUCUUUGGGUAGAUGUUUGACUUUGAUGGAUAUCGAUCAUUUUUGUUUACACAAUGCAGGUAAUAAUAAUAAAAAGAAUGAAUGGGAUCAUCACUCAUUUUUCCUUUUUCUUCUUUUUGUACAAGGCAACGACGCUCAUUAUACCAUGGCAUUGAUGAUGAAACUCCUUGACAAAGAAAUAGACUAGUUUCCUUCCUAUAUACAUAAUUAAUUCCUUUUUCCUUUUUUUUUUUUUAUUCAUUGAUUUUUUUUUUUUUUAGGAUCGUUCAU